AUGGGGAAAGGCGGGGGAUGCAUGCCGAGCAAGAGCAAGAAGAGCCGUCCGACAGCGGCGGCGGUGGUGGAGCAGGAGCCGUCCGGGGCCGAGCCGCCGGCGCCGGUCACAGUGGAGGAGAGGAGCCCCGAGGCGGCGGCAGUGGUGAGCGAGGCGCCGGCGGAGGUGAGGAAGCUGAGGAUCUUCAUCGUCUUCUACUCGAUGUACGGGCACGUGGAGGCGUUGGCGCGGGAGGUGAAGCGGGGGGUUGAUGGCAUCGAGGGCGUCGAAGGGGUGCUGUACCGGGUGCCGGAGACGCUGCCGGAGGAGGUGCUGGACCAGAUGGAGGCGCCGCCGAAGGAUCCCGAUAUCCCGGUCAUUGGGGCGGCGGCGGACCUUGAGGAGGCUGACGGGAUCCUGUUCGGUUUCCCUACGAGGUUCGGCUCCAUGGCCGCGCAGAUGAAGGCCUUCUUCGACGCGACCGGGCAGUUGUGGAAGGAGCAGAAGCUGGCGGGGAAGCCCGCGGGAUUCUUUGUGAGCACGGGCACGCAGGGCGGGGGGCAGGAGACCACGGCGUGAGUUGACUCUUCCUUCGCUUCUCCUCUUGCUUCCCACGUCUCUGCACAUCGCUCUCCUUUUUUUACUCUCUUCUCGCUUGAGACGAUUUGAAAACCGCAUUCUUCUGGAGCUCAACGCAUUGUCGUGAUCGAAGAAACCAUCAUCGAUACAAAAUCAUUCAAAGAAAGAUGGCACAGGAAAGAAACAGUUUCCGAUCAGGGAUCGAUGCCAUUUUAGCCUUUGCUUCCUACAUCUCAAUUGCAUUGUUUUCUCAAUGCUUUCAGUAGAUUCCAUCAUGUCGUGCUCCAUGGAUUCCGAGUACGCUCUUCGAUCAAAGAUGAACUGGUCCCGAUGAAGGUCGAUUUCAAAGGAAAUUUCCUUGGCUCAUUUUUUUCCCAUAUUCCCCAGGAAGUGAAGAGAACAGAUUACCUACCACGUUCUUUCAUUCCCCCUAUAUGGCAUCAUUAAUUAGGUUAUCAUGGGAGGAGAUAGGAGUUUGUACGGGACAUGUUGGAUAAUUCCAUACAAUCACAAUGUGGGUGGUUCCAUAGAUCUAAUGAAGGAUCAAAAAACGGAAAUAUUCUUUCCGGAUCCAACAUUCUGCCCUGUGUUAUAAGCAGUUUGAAAGACUAAGCCAUCGAUCGGUACCUACAUUCAGACGACCCGAGCUUCACUGUCGGGUUGUUCUUCGGAGGAGAGUAUGGGUGGAUUCCACGCUGAGUUGUAAAACAGAGGAGAUUAUUGACGAGGACAUGACAUCCUCUUCCCGCGCUGUUGGCAUGUUCUGUAUUUUCAAACCCUUUGAUAUAUUCAUGUGUUUUCCAUGAUUUCAAUUCCAAAAUGAAGGAUGGAAUUUGUCUCAGCUGCGAUGUGGAUUGGCCGUUGACUUCCUUAUUUCUCCCAUCUGGAGUUUAAUUGAAGGAUGAUCCUAAUCCUUAGACAUAAAUUAGGCAGCAUUAUGGAACUGGAAUCUACUUAUCUGAUAAUCCUCUUUCCAAAACGGUGCAUAGUUCGCAUGUACAAUCAAGGGUCCAGUUGGUUAUCUUCAGCUGUGGUUUUCGUAGAAUUUCAGCUGGCCAUAAGAUUCUACCCUUUCUUUUGCGUCUGAUCUUGAGUUUUUGAUGUGGAUCGGCCGUUGGCUUCCUCGUUCCUCACAUCUUGAGUUCAAUUGAAGGAUGAUCCUAAUCCUGGCAUCUGAUAACCCUCUUUCCCACAGGGUGCAUAGUUGACAUGUAUAAUCAAGGGUGCGAUCAUCUUCAACCUGUGGGUUUCAUAGAAACUUUCAGCUUGCCACUGGAUUUUUACCAUUUUCUGCUUCUGAUCUUUUAGAUUCUUUAUAGUUGAUAGCAUCCCCCAUUGAAUGGCAUACACCUAUCUAGCUCCCUCUUCUGAGAAUCCUUCCCCUUCUUCAUUCUGGGCCAUUGACUGUUGUCGAUUGAUUGAUUGAACGAUUGGGUGCUGCAGGUGGACUGCAAUCACGCAGCUGGCUCACCACGGGAUGCUCUUCGUGCCGAUCGGGUACACCUUCGGGGCGGGCAUGUUCAAGAUGGACUCCAUCAGAGGCGGCGCCCCGUACGGCGCCGGCACCUUCUCCGCUGACGGCUCCCGCCAGCCCACCGACGUCGAGCUUGCCCUCGCCGAGCACCAGGGCAAGUACAUGGCCGCCGUUGUGAAGAGGCUGUCACCUCCUCACCCAUGA